AGACGCAAGAUGAUCUGCGCAACAGAUCAAACGCCCAAAUCACACGAAUCCCCUGCGGCGGCUGCUCGCGGACGCCUGCCGUCUCAUUCGCCGGAUGACCCGUCAGGUGCACCGCGCACGCGCCCCGCUCCGCCUCACAUCAGGAGCGGCGUCUGCGUGUCAGCCGAGAAGAAAUGCCAUCUCACCUAAGUGAUCUUCCCGCUUCCCUCGGAUUACCGAAUCCUCGCCGGGUCCCGUCGUCGCACCUUGCGCCUCCGCGGCCGCUGAUGGAACGACUGCCAUGACUUGUGCCCUCGGGAUCGUCAAGCUUCGAACGACAGCGGCGCGAGGACCGUUCGCCUGCUCUUUACGCGUCCUUUCAGCCUCUCAGUAAUUACACCCGGUAAUUAGGCUGAGCAUCACGUGGACAACGCAUCGAUUAAACAAUGAGCCGACCUUCACCGCGCCAUAGAUUCCGUGAGUCGAGCGUCAGGCGUCACCACUGAGGAUCUGCACCGUAAGUGCCGUUUGAAAUCCCCUUUCCCGACACGGUGACGCCAGUGAACAGUGUGAUGAGUGCGCGCGCUGACCCGCUGUCUGAGACUCCGCUUCAGUCGGCGAACGCGGCUCAUUCGGAAACCGCCAUGAGGACGAGUUGGGAGUGAAGCGCCCGGAGAUCCAAUAAUACAAAGAGACAAGGACGGAGCCGGAGCCGGGGGGGGGGGGGGCGACAUGGUCAUCACGGACAGAACCGCUGGCACCCCUCCGCCCAAAAAGGAGCCCCAGAAGAAGAAGCGGCGGACGUCGCGCCCCCACGGCCUCCCGUCGCCCGCGCUCUGCUGCGCCUGCGGCCUGUGCAUCAUGCUGGCCGGCCUCAACAUCACGCUGGUGGGCGCGUUCGCCUUCAGCACGCUGGUGCCCUCCGCCAACCCCCCCAUCGUCAUCGGACCCGUCCUCCUGCUGGUGGCCUUCUCCUUCUUCGGGGCGUGCUGCGUGUGCAGCCGCCUCCCGCCGCCGCGCAGCGCGUGCCGCUCCAAGGCGGGGGGCGGCGGCGGCGGCGGCGGCGCGGGGCUGAUGGGGCGGGGGGCGGCGUUCGAGAUAGAGACCAGCGAGCACACGCUGCAGGACACCACGGCGGUGCAGCUCAGCCCCACGUCGUCGCCCGGCUCGUCCCGGGCGUCCGGCCCAGAGGCGGAGGCCCCGGACCCCUGCGGGCUCUUCGGCGCCGACACCAACGGGCCCCGCUGCGUCUCCGCCGCCGCCGUCUACUCGGCCUUGGCGGCGGCGGGGGAGGAGGUGAGGCUCAGCCUCCCGCGCGAGGAGGCGCCCACCUAGCGGCAGCAGCUCCUCCGAGGCCGUGUACAUAUCCCACUGAGCUGCGAGUGCCAUGGUUCUGACGGAGUCCAGUCCGUCGCCGUAUGCCGAGUUCCCUAACUGCUCAUUAGCACGCGAACCCACUGCAAGUGUUGUGGGCCGUCGAACACCUACCUCGCUCGCGCUGUUUCCCUGCAGGCCGUCGUUUUUGCCGCGGGGCAUCAUGAACGUGUGCGGAACCGUGCGCUCGGGCAUUCGUCUCUGCCUCUCCGGGGUCACGGGAGCCUCAGCAGGGACCGGGGGAGCGCUCCUUCAGAGAUGCCAUUGUGGAUUUGUCACAAAACUAAUUCCGACUUCGUAUCAAAGGUCGGCAGAGGAAAAAAAAAAGUGUACAGGUAUUUCUGUGGCGACGUUUGGCAUUUCGUCUGUUGUUCUCAGUGAGGAUUGAGAUUAAAUUGUGCUAUUUUGGCGAGCGACUGCACACUAAUAUACAUCUCUACUGCCACUUUUACUGUACUUACUGUUUUUUUAUUUUUGUAUGUGAGGCCAUAUUUCCAUGUAACCGUGUGCAGUGUUGACUGGUGGAAACAUCACCCGUGUACUUUCACACACUUUUCGCUUCACAACACAACACUAACACUGUGAAUAUCGUCUCUCCUGACUCCUCGACUUCACGUGUACAUUUUUACUGAUGCCACUUGUUUCUGGACUUAAUCUCAAAGCUUCUUAUGCAGCUUUGCUCGUGGGCCUGGUGAAAUGGAACCUCGUCGACAGAAGAGCACUGCAUCCAGAAGCUGAACUCCCAGUGGAUGUUAGCACAAAGUCAGCUUUUUACUGGUCUGUGUCUGAUGUGACGACAUUUAUUCAGCAACUAUUAAUCUACACUGCGCCUGAAAUAAUAAGAAAAAGCCAAGACAGACUCUAGAUACAAUAUCUCCAUCACUGUGAUGUCUUCUUGUUGUAGACCCGACUAGUCAAAAACACUGAUUUCCUUUGAAAGCAAAGUUGCCUUAGACUGAGAAAUCAGGAUUAUAUUAAUGAGGGCUAUAUAAAAGGGCAGAACAGCAUUUUUAUUCCAUGAAAAAAAAACCUUGAUAGGUUGCAGUUUUUCAAACAACACAACAAAUGCAUGCAAAUGAUUUAUAAAUGUAUUGGAGGGCGAACUCCUACACAAACAGGCAGCCAUGUUUGCAUGCUCAGAGAAGUGGAAACAACCUUUGGUGAACCACCGGUGUUAUUUCUGUAUUUUCCUUUUAGUGUAGCACUUGUGUGAAAAUCUUUAAAAGAAAAAAACAAGAAAAGAUUAUUUUUGUCUUUUAUUUUGAAAUGAACCAACCCAAAUGUGAAGAAGACAUAAAUAAAAAGGCACUUUCAGUAGAAUGUGAGGUUGCUUUGUGAGUGUGCUUGAAAAAAAAAAUUAAAAUCCAACUGUUUUUGAAUAUUUGACUUUAUAUAUAGUGAUGGAGUUGAGCACAGUGAGUGAAUUUAUUUUUGAUUAUAUCUAAAGUACCAAAUGUGUGAAAAGACUCUUUCCAGGGCAUCAGGGUGUGAAUUGCUGUAUGUUGUAUGUUCCAGGUCGGUGAUAUUCAGAAAUAAAUGUUGGCUCAUGUCCACAUG